CGGUCCCCGCACGGGGUCCCCGAUCUCCACGCCACGCUCCUCUGUUAAACCCUAGAAUUAAAAACCUCUCACUGUUUUUCGACUCUCUUCUCAAUUUUUCCGCUUUUUAUCCCUCUGCAAUUUCUUCGUGGUGACUUGUAGCAAUGGCGGCUAAAAAUGGCCCGACGGAUAUUGAAAAAGAGCAGGUUUUUGGGAUGGCGGAGAAAGAGAUGGAGUACAGGGUUGAUCUCUUCAACAGUGCAGGUUGCAAUGUUCUUGAAGAGGUCUUUAAUUUCAAAAGAGGGUGGGGCUUACAAAGAUCUGUUUCGAUAAAUGUAUUGAUAAAAGGUAUAAGGAAUCUGAGCUUAAUAUGGGUGAAAACAGUUGCAUUGAUCGCUGUGUUUCAAAAUAUUGGCAGGUGACCAAUCUAAUUGGGCAAUUGCUUGGCUCCAAUCGGCCACCGCUGUGAAGUCGCUGCUGCAGCGUCAUAGCAGAUUGUUACCUUCUCUUCUUAACAAUUGGCGUUUCUGAUCACUGUUCCUCGCGACACGAACCGGUCGGGCUUCCGACUGGAGACUACACAAUGAAAUGAAAUGAUCCAAGAUGUAACUGAUUUGAUUGUUUCUCAAAAAUGCAUGUAGCCCCCCUCAUCUACAGUUGAUUUUGCAAUAGCGUUCCUAAACUUCAUCUGUCCUUUGGUGGCACUCACCUCAAAUUUUGUUCGUUUUAAUCUGCGUUGUAAAAUUAAAAUGUUUCAUUUCGUAUUUGGCGUUAACUGUUGGCGAAAUCAGUAGUGGUUAGGCAUCAAUCUGGACCUGACUUGGAUUUUAGUUUGAACUAGAAAAAUUAGUCAUGUGUGUUAAGAUAUAUAUAAUUAUCAAGGGUUUAUGAAUCCAAUCGUUGUUUUAGA